AUGGGUCUCCAGGCUAGUUCUGGACUUACGUUGCUCUUCUCCUUCUUGGCUUAUGUCCUGCCUAUCCUUGGUGGAUGGUGGGCCGAUGUAUACGUCGGUCGAUACUACGCCAUCUGCGUCGGCGUGGGGAUCUGUGGUGUGGCUCAUUUGAUUCAGAUCUUCGGCGCUCUACCCUCCGUGCUGGCAAGAGGGACUGGAAAUUCUGCUCCGCCAUUUAUCAUCGGUCUGCUGUUACUGGCACUUGGUGCGGGAAUAUUCAAGCCUAAUAUUGCACCCGUUGUUCUCGAUCAAAACCGUCACCAGAAACCCUAUACCAAGGCCCUCAAGUCAGGCGAAAAGGUCAUCGUGGAUCCUGAACUGACCAGCCAGCGCACGAUGCUGAUCUUCUAUGGGUUUGUCAACAUCGGUGCCUUCUUCAUGCUUGCCACUACAUAUUCGGAGAAAUAUAUCGGCUUUUGGCUCGCCUUCUUGCUUGCAGGCAUCAUCUACUUCCUCCUUCCCAUUCUUCUUUUUGCGGUCUACAGGAAGACCUACCGAACGCCGCCCAGUGGACACUCCGAUCUUGGCAACUCAAUCAAGAUUAUCGCCACAGCUCUUCGACGCAACAAGUUCAAAGUAUGGAAGAAGAAUUUCUUCGACGCGGCCAAGCCCAGUGUCCUCGCGGCUGAGGGUAUACAAGUGAAAUGGACCGAUAAAUUGGUCGAUGACGUGCGCAGAACCGUCGUGGCCACCGAAAUCUUCUGCUACUUCCCCAUAUGGUACAUGAACGACGGUGGUAUCGGCUCCGUGUCCUCCAACCAAGGCGCCUCGAUGGUGACCAACGGCGCACCCAACGACCUCCUCAGCAACUUUAACGCCCUCACCAUCAUCGUCUCAGUCCCCUUCCUCUCCUACGUUUUCUACCCCCUCCUCACCCGCUACAACAUCAAAUUCGGCCGCAUCAGCCGCAUCACCUGCGGGUUCAUCAUCGCCGGCAUCUCCGGCCUCAUCGGCGCCCUGGUGCAAUGGCGCGUCUACAAGACCUCCCCUUGCGGCUACCAAGCCUCCACCUGCGACGACGUCAGCCCGCUCAGCAUCUGGUGGCAGAUCCCCAACACCGUCCUGGGCGCCUUCUCCGAGUGUCUCUGCAACGUAACCGCUUACGAGCUCGCCUAUGCCCGUUCCCCGCCCAGCAUGCGUGGCCUCGUCAUGGCCAUCUUCCUUUUCAUGAACGCCCUCUCUAGCGCUUUCGGCGAGAUCCUCAUCCCCGUCACCAAGGACCCCUAUCUCAUCUGGAUCUGGGGCGCGCCGGCCGUCGCCCUGGCCCUGCAGACCAUCCUCUUCUGGUUCCGGUUCAAGCACCUCAACGAUGACAAGUACAUGAUUGAUGAGAAGGAUUAUGAGCAGGAUGAUACGGCUGCAAUUGUGGGUGAGGCGCGGGAUGAGAAGAGAGCUUGA